AUGUGGAUCACCAGUCUCAUCACCAUGAAGGAUGAAGAUAUAUUUGAUUUGGCAGGGGAUCCCCAAGACAGCCUCAUUCCUGGGCCUUCUCCCACCCCCAAGCAAAACCCAGUUUGUAAUGAGGCUUUCUUUGGACACCAGACUUUCUCCUUAAGAGAGACUGGAUUGAAAUCUGUGCAUUGCCAAGGGCAAGAAGCUGAGAACAUGGAGAGAGAGAAGUUUCAGCAGAAGGCUCUGAAGCAAACUAAGCAGAAGAAAUCCAAGUCGGCUGAAUUUCUGAUGGUUAAAGAAGAUAGAGAAGCUACAGAAGGCACUGGAAAUCCAGCUUUUAACAUGAGCAGUCCAGAUCUCUCAGCAUGUCAGACUGCAGAAAAGAAAGUUAUUAGACACGACAUGCCGGAUCGCACCCUUGCAGCUCACCAACAAAAAUUCAGGCUGCCAGCCUCUGCAAAACCAAAAGGAAAUGAAUACGGCAGAAAUUACUUUGACCCACUGAUGGAUGAGGAAAUAAACCCAAGGCAGUGUGCGACGGAGGUCAGCAGAGAAGAUGAGAGUGGCCGGGAGGAGACUCUGAAUUCUGAAGCACCUGGGAGUUCCAAUAAGAGUCACGAAAUCCACAAAGAAGCCAGCGAAGCCACCACUGCUCACCUUGAGGAGUUCCAAAGAUCUCCUCAGAAAACUAUAAUUCUGCUUGGAAGUUCUCCAUUAGAACAGGAAAUUAGAUCUACUUCAUUGCAUUGUAUGGAGGAUGAGAUGAGUCAUCCAUGGAUACUCUUGCUCAAAGUAACUGCUGUAAUCAGAAGCAGGAGGUAUAUAGAGAGCAAAGAUUCUAAAACCCAUUCUCAGGUCAGUGCUCGCAAUGUUCUUAUGUUCACUGUGUCGGGAAGUUCCAUGAACACACAAGGCAACAUCAUAAGUAGGAAAAACCUUCAGAUUUGGUGUUAGAACUCAGAGCUGUCAUCCUUGAUUCAGAUAUUUAUGUGAACUUAAACCUCUUUGUAAAAUAGCGCUAAAUAAUUUGAACCUCUUAUGGGUGUGUGGGGAUUGAGAUGUGUCCAAGUACGUGGCAGUUAACGUUUUAUGUUUCUUGCUACUCAUUUUCUAUAUUUGUUGAGACCAUUACCUAUUCUUACUUUUUAUUGCUAUUGUAAUGGUGAACUGAUAAUUACAUAAGGCAAGAUGUUUAAAUGGAGAUGCGGGCCAUCCCAGCUGGGGUGAGUGUUGUUGGCUGAGUCUCUUCUCCUAAACUACUUAUCUAUAACUAUUGAUUUAUAUGGUGACUGGAGUGAUUGCUUCUCAUCCUAACAUAUGGCGAACCUGGGAUGAUAGAAGAAUUCAGAUUGUAAAAAGAGAUGGGGCCCUUGACUAAGGUUACCAGUGGGACUGAGCUGGGAAUUGUCUAGUACAGUGGUUAUUAUUUGAACACUCAUUAGAUUUAGAGAUCCUGAUAGUUGAUGUACAUCUUGGAGAAAAUAAAAAGAGAAAAAUCUCAUAUAUAUGUCUAUUGCAUAGCGAAAGGAUGCUGUUAGUAAACUUGGUGAAAUUUGAGUAUCCAAGCACAUCUACUGUGGGACCACCAGUUUUUUUCCCGUAGACAGAGUAGAACAUAGAAAAAUGAAGAGUUUGCCUUCUCACUUUGCAAAAGUAUUGUGUGUGGUUGUGUAUGUGCAUGUCUGUGUAUAUGGUUGUGUGGGUGCAUGGAUGUCUAUGCCUAUAUGGUUGUGUCUUUGUGUAUGUGUGUGUGUGCAUGAACGUGGCUGUGGAUGUGUGUGUUGGGGCAGAGAGUGUUGCAGAGCCCAGUGGGACUGGCAUCACUGAAUUCCCAAGUAUCCAGCAUAGAACUGAUGAGAAAAUCACUCUGGAGUCGACCUUUAGUUAGCAGGGGUGACAGCAAUGUCAGCAGUGAUGUAAUCAUUCCUGAAGCUAUAGGAAGCAUCAGCCAGGACUAAUAUGUGAGCUAAUGUAAGUCACCCACUGAGGACUCCAGAAGUACCUGGAGAAGAAGAACUUCUCUGCUGGCUGAGAUCUCAUGAUAAAGGCAGACGUAAGAGCCCAUGAAAUCUGGCCUUAGGUAAGACGAAUGUGAUAGGUGAACAUGAUAACCACAACACUACAGAAACUUAAAAAAAUCUGGUCACUUAAUGUGACCACUUUUUAUUGCACAGGUAUCAGUCUACAUGGGAUAGGCGGGUUCUGUAAGUAUCUUGAAAAGGUGCUGUGGCUGAUGCUUCCUGUCUAAGGCCAUCAAGGCAGCAGGGUAUCACCUGACAUGGUUUGGGCCUGUAUCCCCACCCAAAUCUCAUCUCGAAUCGUAAUCCCCACAUGUCAAGGGAGGGACCUGGUGGGAGGUGACUGGAUCAUGGGGACGACUUCCCCCAUGCUGUUCUUGUGACAGUGAGUGAGUUCUCACAAGAUCUUGUGCUUUAAAGGGGUUUGGCAGUUCCCCUCAGCUCUUUCUCUCUCUCAUGCUUUGACAUCAUAAAACACGCCUUGUUCUCCUUCACCUUCCAACAUGAUUGUAAGUUUCCUGAGGCCUCCCCAGCCAUGUGGACCUGUAAACCUAUUAAACAUUUUUUUCUUUGUAAAUGACCCAGUCUCAAGUCUGUCUUUAUAGCAGUGUGAAAAUGGACUAAUACAGUAUCCCAGAACAUGAUGAGAGUAGAAGGAACAAAACCAAGAGUGAGGAGGAUGAGAGGGGAAGUGGGGAGGUAGCACUCUCAGAGUCAGCUGACAGCAUCCCACUUCAAGGGCCAUCCAAAUGAUGAAAUAUCAUUUUUAUUCUCAUCAUAGGACCAAUUGAGUUGCCUAAGUAUAGAAAGCUACUUUAGAAAUAUUUGCGCUGACUUUUUAUAUCCCACUGACAUUGGAAAGCUUGUAAGAAAGAUUUUAUGAAAUGACUUAGGUCUGAAAAUUAUCUAGUAAAGAAUAAAAUUAAUUGAUUAAGUGCAUAGUUUUAAUAA